GGGUGGGCGCUCUAGUGAUGGAUGGUUUCUCAACUGCCCUCCCCCAGAUUUUGUCGUUGUCUGUCUUCUUCUCCAUCCAUCCUUAAUCAUGGCUGGCCGAGAAUCUGAAAAGGGUCAUCGCUACAUUGUUGCCCUGGAUAAUGCUCGGUGCCAAAACAAGUGGGACGAGGUUCCUGAGCUUAUCCGCAAGGUGACCAAGCAUGCACCGCAAAAGACAUGUCUUCUAGAUGUAGCUAGUGCAGAGUACCUAGUUACUACUCAGGUUCAUAGAAGCUCGUCAGCUGCCCGCCCUGCCUCCGCGUCCCCAUCCAGCCUACCAGAAUUGAUUCCAUCGCUUCUUUCUACUAUCGAGAAAGCCGAUGGGUCAAACCAGGAACUAUUCCAGGCAGAAGUCUGCCUCGGAUGGGUUCACUUCACACUCAAUGAACCGGGAUUAGCUGUCGCUCGUCUUCCAAAGGACUUCGACGAGACAUUGAAUAAUCUCACCACUGUCGGCGACGAACUCUCCCCAUGGACCAAGAUUUGCCUUGUCAAGGGCUGCUACAUAAAAGCUGCUGCACAGAACGCGGUUUCGGGUCCGACUGAUGCGCUGGAAACCUUCAGUUCUCUAGCACAGUGGCUGGCCAGUCACGGUCAGGCAUUGUCGCCCAGCAGCUCCCAGUUCCUGCAUUGGUCUGAGAAGCUCUUGGCGGAAGGGGCACUAGUUGCAGGGGAAGAAAUUUGCCGCAAUUUUGCAGCCGCUACUGGCGAUCUCGUGAGGCUUGCUCUUCAGCUUUUCCGGGCAUGGGCCUCUCAUCCUAGUGUGAAAGCAGGGACUUCAUCUCCCGAUGUGUCGCUUGAAAGCUAUCCCGAGCCAAUUCCAAAAUCGAAAAUCUGGAAGUUUUAUUAUGAUCUCCUCUCGGCCGUCCUUCAAAAUGACUUGCCAUAUACCCCCCCGACGGAUGGCCCUGAACGCCCACAACUUGCCAGCGAGGUACAGCGUGUACAAGCUACCUGCGAAGCUAAUCUUAUUCGCGAAGCUAAAUUCCCAACUGCCCAUUCUGACAACAAGCAAGUCGAAGCUUGGGUUGAUCAGGUCAUUCGGAAUUGGAACCAACUCUGCGGUUCUCAAUGGGAUGACGAGGAGCUUGGAGAAGGUGGCCAGAAUGCCAUGGGGAGAAACGUUGUAGAGAUUCUUUACCGUGCUGCUGCCAAAACUUACCAUUCUCACCUGAUUCUCAGGCGUCUCUUUCAUGUUCAUGCAGCACUCGCGGAAUUUGAUCUUGCCUUCAAGGCUCUCGAUUCAUAUAUAGAAAUCGUGAUGGGUGCCAAGCAAAGAGCGGAAAAGGCAGUGCCGUACGAAGAGUUAGAGGAUGAUGGGGUUUUCAUGCGAACCCUGGCAGAGGGUAUUACCGUCUUGUGUUGCUUCGGCUCUGGCAAGGAAGCAGAGAAAACAAAGGAUUUAAUAUCAACCUUGAAAAAGUUCAUCGGCAAGUACGUCAAGGACUCGGAGGAAGAGCAGGAGAGGAAAAUAGUGUUCGACUCCAAAGUGGUUUCGCCCAGCGACAUCGGUGCAGCUUAUAGAGCCAUUGGGAUUGGCCUUGCAACCUGGGCAAGCUGGACUCCAGUGAAUGAGGAACGUGACGACAUCCGAGCUGAAGCUAUUGAGUGUCUAGAACGAAGUAUCGCCCCAGAACUUGAGGAUGAGUUUAACUACUCUUCCCUCUACACUUUAUCCCUGCUCCUAGCAGAGAGCCGUGAUCUUGACGCCGCUAUUGAUUACGUCAAGUCGGCGCUAGCGUCGAACAAGCAGUCUGAGCCAACGGCAGUUGACUUUGGACAUGAGCGAGAUUUAUUCCCUCUAUGGCAUCUGCUCGCACUUCUGUUGAGUGCCAAGCAAGAGUUUGAUAUUGCGGAACGGUCCUGUGAGGCUGCAUUUGAGCAAUUCCCAGCAACUGUCACUUCACUAGCACACAGUGAUAGACGGCCGCCAAAAAACCGAAAUAAUCAGCAGGAGCAAGCCGGUAUGACACUUGCACUUAUUAAUCGACUACGGAAUCGAGAAAGGGAACGCAUCAUUGAAACCCGAAUAACCCAACUCGCCUUUGUGGAGGUUCUGGAAGGCCCAGGGGCUGCUCUUAAUCAUAGUGAGCAACUUCUGAGUCUUUUUGCCACGUUAUUCCGGACCCUAGACUUUGAGGAAAAGGGAAAUAUUAAGCCAGAUCAACUCUCGCGUCCAAAAAGCUCUUCCGGUACUAUAAAAAGCUUCCGUGGAAGCAUCUUCGGAAGGAAGGUCUCUCGCAUGUCAGAUCACAAAAUCACGCUAAGUGGUGAGCUUAGGGUUGAAUCACUGCCUCAGACCAGGUCCUCGAAUCCUGAUCCGGCACCUGCUAUCCAAGUCAUUGGUGAGGAACCGCCGAAAUCCAGGGAUGGCCAUCCUACCGUCAGUAGAUCUGACUCCCGAAAACUCCGCAAGCGUAGCAACACUGUCAAGAAGGCGGACGGUUCCGCAGAACAAAACCUGAGCCGUGUCAACGGCGAUGGACCUGAGAUCAACGAGCCCAACGGGGAAAAUGGAUCAGCUCUGGAAAUGGCCAACGAUGCAAUAUCGCGUGCGGCAAGUCAACCACAAAGCGCAAAACAAACAUUGGCGCCAGUACCUCAUAACAUGAAACACAGCCGCAUGGAGCCUCCUGUUGGACACAGUAAACAGCCGCCUGAGCAAGAUAUCCAGUUGCCCACAUCGUACGCGUUCGAAUCCCCCACUGGAGCAUUGACCAAAUUUCCCCAUGCACACACCCAGAAACAUGCAUUGUGUGUUCUUGUCAAAGUCUGGCUACUGAUCGCCGGCCUGUAUCGCCGAUCAUCGUCUUUCGAUGAUGCUGCGGAAGCGUGCGAGGAGGCUGCUAAGCAUGUAAAGCGAAUAGAGACUUUAAUAGCCGCGUCCCAAGAUGCUUCUGCACAGUCUUUCCGUGAGCGUGGAUGGGCAGUGCCAAAAAGCCCCGACGAACUGUGGGCUGACAUCUACGCCGAACGCGGCCUGUUGCUAGUCGCGCAAUCGCGCCCUCACGAAGCCAUGGAGCAUUUUGAGGAGGCAUUGGUAUACAAUUCCGAUCAUCCGAAAGCCACCAUUAGCUUGGCCAGCCAGCUACUUGAUAUUUGGGAUCAGAAACUUCCUCUACAGCCACGCGAGCAAGGGGUUGAAACUGGUCUGUCAACGACAGCCAUAUCAUCACCACCAGGGAAACCAACGACUACCUCGAGAGAGGUAAACGGCAACAAACUCCUGGGCAAGUCUGGGCUACCAGAUUCAUCUCAGGAGAAUUUCCAGACGCCCACCUCCACCGUGGAGGAUGAUGGGCCAAAGCUCAUCAACCGGAUCGCUGCUCGGGAGAGGGCUUACGGUUUGCUAUCGGCCCUGACAAAACGUGGAAGCUCGUGGGACAAUUCGGAAGCUUGGUUCGUCCUUUCCCGAGCUUAUGAGGCCGUAGGUCAGGUCCAGAAGUUGAAAGAGGUCCUGUGGUGGUGCAUUGAGCUUGAAGACCGAAGACCAAUUCGUCACUGGUCGAAUAUCGGUUCUGGUGUGUAUGUGUUGUAAUCGGGGUAGUUGUUCGUCUUGUUUUCUUGGUUCGCUUUGAUAUCGUAUUUGGGGUGGAUUUUAGUUUCCUCUGUCCUUUCACGACAUUCCCAUAUUUUGCCAUUUGCUGUUUGGUCAAUAUGAUGAUACCUUGAUAGCAUCUUCUUACUGCAAGAUAUGGGACUAGUAUAUAUAUAUAUAUAUAUAUAUAUAAAUAUAUAUAGGCGGUGAAAAGCACAGAUUUGUUUGUAAAUAUGACCAUGAGGAAUUGAAAC